UUGUUGAAACUUAAUAUGUUUUUUUGUUUACUUCUCUUCAUUUUCUUUUCAAAACCUUUGUGAUGAUCACAAGCAAAUUCCCAUUCCAUUGAAAGAAAACAAACACAAAGAAGAGAACUAUGGCGUUGCAAAGAUCGACGACGUCCUUCAGGAGACAAGGAUCAUCGGGACUCAUCUGGAACGACAGGUUCUUGAGCGGAGAAAUCCGUAACGACGAAAGAAAAGAAGACCGACGUAACGAUCAUCGAGACGGUUCAAUGGCUUCCACCACGGCAACAGUGAAACGUAGCGCAUCUGAUGGAGGACGUAGCAACGGUGGACGGUUGGAGAUUUCUCCAGCGUUGGAUCCACCUUCCCCUGAAAUAUCUGCUGGUUGUGGCUUCUGUUCUAUGUUUUCGUCUAAUCGAAGAAGGAGACGCAGAGGAAGAUCAUCAAGCGCUGGAAGUUCAUAAAACCCUUGAUAUAUAUAUACAAUGGAUGCAUAUAUUAUUAUUAUAUUAGGGUUGUUUGUGUGUUCUUCUUUUCUUUAUGUGAAAGUUUCGAGAUCAUGAUGGAUAACAAAGCGAAGGUUUUGCCUUUUUGUUUUAUGACAUGAUGUUUGAAGAGAGUGCUUGUUAUAGAUUUGAUCUUUUCAA